AAAAAAAUCCAAUCAGACAAAGGAAUUCGUCAGAUUUUAAUGCAAGAUAUUCUAGCCCGUCUUUGUAUGAGACUGUCUUUAAAGGUUGUUGAUAUAGAAAAUGUUUUAAAGAACGUUAGGUUUUAUUUCAGAAAUGAAGUUCAAAAGAGCAAUUUGUAAAGCUGUAGUUAACAAUCCUCCCUGGUUGGAGGGCUCUAGAACGGGAGAUUCUCUAUGCAGGUUAUACCACUAGUUGAUUUGAGAAGAUAAAUGCAUAGAUGCUUUUCCUUGGAAACAAGACUGCAGAAAAUUCCAAGGAUCUAGUCCUUGAAAAAGGGGAAUGCUCUUAAGCUGUUAUUAAGGUGAUCUGAAAGUGGAGAUGAUGGCAAGGGGGAUUCAGGCCACACGCCUGAAUGACAGUGUUACCAUAUCCUGCAAAGUCAUUUAUUCCCAACCCCUCAACAUCACUUCUAUGGGUAUCACCUGGUUUCGGAAGAGUCUGACGUUAGACAAAGAAGUCAAGGUCUUUGAAUUUUUUGGAGAUCACCAAAAGGCAUUCCGACCUGGAGCCAAUGUGUCUCUAUGGAGGCUGAAGAGUGGGGACGCCUCACUGAAGCUGCCUGGAGUCCAGCUGGAGGAAGCAGGAGAGUACCGAUGUGAGGUGGUUGUCACCCCUCUGAAGGCACAGGGAACGGUUCAACUUAAAGUUGUGGCUUCCCCAACCAGCAGAUUGUUUCAGGAUCAAGCGGUGGUGAAAGAGAAUGAAGGCAAAUAUAUGUGUGAGUCAAGUAGGUUCUACCCAAAGGAUAUUAAUAUAACAUGGGAGAAGUGGACCCAGAAGUCUCCCCAUCAUGUAGUGAUUUCUGAGAACAUCAUCACUGGUCCCACCAUCAAGAAUAUGGAUGGUACAUUUAACAUCACUAGCUACUUGAAGCUGAACUCCUCUCAGGAAGACCCUGGGACUGUCUACCGAUGUGUGAUACGGCAUGAGUCCUUGCAUACUCCUGUGAGCAUCGACUUUAUCCUGACUGCUCCUCAGCAGAGUCUUUCUGAACCUGAGAAGACAGAUGUCUCUUCCACUAUUUGGUGGCCUAUUCCAUUAGCUGUUGGAUUGAUUUUAUUAAUUUUAUUAAUUUGGAUUCUUUGGAAAAAGGUAAGGGGCUCCAAAGCAAAGUUCAGCCCUGUGUCUUGGGCUGGUAAAAAGCUUUUAGGGCGGCUGCUGCCAACCUUACGAGACUCAAGGGACAGGCCUGCUGGAGAGGACUUUGUCAGUCCCUCUUCACCAUCAGGUGUUGGGAAUGUUGGCUCUGUUCCAAUCCAGUUUCCUUUCACAGAGGACCUAGCUGUCACAUGCCAUCUGACCUUUGUAUGGUGGUUUGUGACUCUGGGGUGAUGUGUUGUAAAGCCUCCCUCUGUUUCUCCAAGUUACUAAGCAAGUAUUAUAUCUCUGUGAAUGAACCAGACUUGAGUGUUCAGACCAGGCCCUGAACUAUGUGUGGGCUGCUUGUUUUUCUCACACAUUUAGAAACUAUGGCUCAGAGAGGGGAAUUCCUCAUACUUUAUCUGAUCAAUAACUUACCAUCAGAUUUCACUAGUUUGACUAAGAAUUUCUAACCCUCACUAGGUAUUUCUAAACUAAAACAUGUUUCUAAACAUUUUUAUCCCUGACUAUGGCCCAAAUAGUAAAUAAAACAGCUCAAGCUUUAGAGGCCCAAGAGACCUGUGAAAAUGUGUUGGUUAAAAUAGUUUUAGAUAAUAAAAGGGCCCUCAAUUAUUUAUGGGCCUGUCAAGGCAAAAUCUGCACAACAGCUAGUACAUCUCAUUAUAAAUACUUUAGGAGAAGUGGAAUAAUCAAUUAAGAAAAAUGGCUCUUUUUUUUUUUUUUUUUUGAGACGGAGUCUCGCUCUGUUGCCCAGGCUGGAGUGCAGUGGCCGGAUCUCAGCUCACUGCAAGCUCCGCCUCCCGGGUUCCUGCCAUUCUCCUGCCUCAGCCUCCCGGGUAGCUGGGACUACAGGCGCCCGCCACCUUGCCCGGCUAGUUUUUUGUCUUUUUUGGUAGAGACGGGGUUUCACCGUGUUAGCCAGGCUGGUCUUGAUCUCCUGACCUCGUGAUCCGCCCGUCUCGGCCUCCCAAAGUGCUGGGAUUACAGGCUUGAGCCACCGCACCCGGCCAGAAAAAUGGCUCUUUAUCUAAAGUUGGCCAUUUAGAUUCACAGGACUUAUUCCUGUUGGAUCUAAGACAAUGAGAAAACUGGAUAAAAAGUGGUUUUCAAAUGUUUCUUAUGAUAUUUGUGACUGUUGUCAUAUUUCUUGCCUUUCUCUGACUCUGAUAUUCAGGUGCCAUUGAGAGAGGAGGAAGGAAGAAACUAGUUAGGCAGGCAGUUAGGGUGGGCCCUCAGUAAAAUUCCUUCAGACAAAAGAACAGCCUGAAAAAUCAAACUGCAGAUAAGGGAACUUGUACAGGGUGGCUUGCCUAAAACAUGCCCAAAGCCACAUAGAUUUAAAAAAGGCUACACAGGAGACUUGCCAAGACAUGCCCACAAUCGAAAAUUCCAUCCCCUGACACAUGCACAGUAAGGGGAACAAAGCCACGUGGAGUAACUUGAGCUAAGGGCUUGCAUGCUCAUUAUGAGGAUGGGGUGGAGCUACCAGAAAUGUGUGCCUUAUGCCUUUGUAUUCAGCUGUGAAAUGGCAACCCUCUUUUGGGCCCCCUCUCUGCAGUGGAGAGCUUUCUUCUUUCGCUUAUUAAACUUUCACUUCAACUUCA